AUGAUUAAAUCCCAACAUAGUUGGUUUCUUCUUGGUGUUAUGGACAACAAUGUUGGUCGCUGUGAGCUCAGAUCUAGCUUCCGACAGGGCAGCUCAGGUGGCUCUCUAAGCAGCUGUUGGUGGACGCUCGCUUUUAUGGAAUCUGUCAAGCAGCCCCUCUCCAAACUCUCUCUUCGUUUCAAUGCUCUGUCCGGGUCAAUCCCAUCUGACUUUGCCAAGCUUACCUCCCUUCGAAACCUCUACUUAGAAGGGAAUGGGAUUUUUGCUGAGAUUCCUGGGUUCUUAUUCUCUUUACAAAACAUAGUCAAGCUUAAUCUUGUAAACAAUAAUUUCAGGGGUAUGAUCCGUGAGAAUAUUAACAAUUUGACUAGGUUGGGUACUUUUUAUUUGGAGAACAACCAAUUAUCUGGGUCAAGCCAUAGUGUUCUUUUCAAGGAAAUUCCUGAAAAUAAGGCAGCAGGUGCAGGUCUGUUUCAAGGAAACUCCCAGUUGAAGUAUUUGGGGAGACUGUUUGUUCUUAUGCCAGAAAUUUUUGUUCAUAUGUCAAAACAAAUAGAGAAGCUGCGAAGGAACAAUUUGUCAAAGUUGGUGGCGCCUUUAGUUAGCAGGGUUAAGCAUUAG